CCAGACUGGUUUUAAAUAGCUGACAGCCUGGUUAGUAACAUGUAGUGAAAGAUAUGACAAGAGUAACGACAAAGUGAAAUCAAAGAACAUCUGUGAUUAGUCUUGUGUUGAAGUGACGAAAGUGAGGAACUGUUGCAAGAAGUGAGGAGGAAAUAUGCCGAGUAUUUGUUAAAGUCUGAAGCCCGUUUUUCACUCUUUAACUCCAGCCAUGGCGGGUAAGCGGGGUCGGACUUGGAGACGUAGAAGGCAGCGUAAGAAAGAAAACAGACCAAUUUCUCUCGGUCAGGAAGAACACUACAUACGGUUCUUCCGGUUCUUGAAGAAGAACGGUUUUGAUGGCUUCUUCCUGCGACCCGCUCUUUUCCCAGAUACCGGGCGCGGUCUUAUGGUACCACGGAAAAUCAAGCGGGGACAGACAAUGAUGAAGAUGCCUCAAAACUUGAUCCUCUCCACUAAGACAGUUCUAGCCUCAGAGAUGGGACCCUACAUCGAAACUGCGGAACCCCAGCUGACGACCAUCCAGGCCAUAACCACCUUCCUCAUCUACCAGAAACACCUGGGCGAGACCUCCUUUUGGAAACCUUACUUGGACAUCCUGCCAGACGAGUACACGCACCCGGUCUACUUCGGAGAACAGGACUUUCUCUACCUCCCGCCUUCACUCAGGGCUAACGUCAAGGCCAAGAAACAGGAAUGUAUCCAGAGUUUUGAGGAACUGAAGCCUUUCUUCGCGAGUCUUGAGCCGCUAUUGCCUGACUGGGAAGACGUCUUCACGUUUGAAGCUUACAGAUGGGCUUGGUGUACAGUGAAGACCCGAUCUCUGUACGUGGACGACAAGGGCAGCUCUGUACUCAGGAACCUGGACAAGAGCGGGCUGGGCGUCACCUCUCUCGUUCCCAUGGUGGACCUUCUGAACCACUCCCACAGUGCUCGGACUGGUUUGUUGAUCAAGAAAUCCUGUAAGAACGGGGACUACUUUUAUACGGUGACGGCGGAGGAAGAAUACAGCAGGGGUGACCAGGUCCUGUUCUGCUACCGCCGGGCGGAUAACCAGACGUUACUCCUGAAUUACGGUUUUGUUCUUCCUGACAACCAUCUAGACCUCAUCAAAUUCUUCCUCGUUAAAGACAUCCUCAGGAUCUUAGAAUUGAUGCCUUUUGAAGAGGAAGAUCCGAAACAUCGGCGGAAAAAAGUUCUUCUCAUCGCCACAAAAUAUACAGCAAGUGACCUGACGUGUGACUACCGGGGUGUGUCCAGGACUCUCAUGACGGUUAUGAGGAUCCUGGUCUGUGACUCAGAGGACAGACCGCUAUUUAAGAAAGUCCUGGCGGAUGACCUGCCGUGGGACCAUCCGGUGUCUGUUCAGGCCAGGAGUCUGGCUCAGGAAUUACUGGAGAGACGGCUCAUCUCGUACGGAAUUAUGGAUGAUGCAGCUAUCCUAGAGGAGUCCAACACCCCAGUCAGACAGCUGGUGGUGGCCAUGAGGAAUGAAGAGAAGAAAAUUCUCCAAAAGGGCCUCAAAAGCCUGACUAGAAAUAAGCUUAGGUAACUUUUUGGGAAACCAAAAAUUGACCUCCAUAACUUUAAAAAAUAGUCUUUAAAAGACCUGGAAAUUCUAUGUUGUAUUUUAGACAACUUAUUCUUAUUUUACUCCUAACGUAGGAAGCUGAAUUUUGAAAGAAAAAUAAGUUUUGCUUUGGAUUCUUAAAGAAUCUUCUUAUGGAUGAAUUCCUAAACAUGUAGGAGAGAAAAUGGCAACCUUUGGAUUUUCAUUAUUUUAUGGCACCAAACUAAAGAGCGAUGGAUUUCUAGAAAUAGUUUUCAUUAUACUUUAGUGGACAAAAGAAGACAUAAAAUAAGGGCUAUC